AUGGGCAAUCAUCACAGCCACUCGUACUCCCUCUCGAAAGGCAGUCAACAGGUGCCCAAAGGGGACGCCUCACCCUCGAGAGCCGUGCGCCCCCUCAGCCACCCAUCAGGGAGCGGACAGCCAGAGGCCCAUCAGCCUGCCAAAGCAAGAGGUCAUCAGCACUUUGACGUGCAUCAAGAUGUCAAAAAGCUGAACAAAGCCUGCAAAGGAAUGGGUACUGAUGAAGGGACCAUCAUUGAAAUCUUGUCAAGCAGGACCUCGAAUGAGAGGCAACAAAUAAAACAGAAGUACAAGGCAACGUAUGGCAAGGACCUGGAUGAGGUGCUCAAGAGUGAGCUGAGUGGGAAUUUCAGGAAAGCAACCUUGGCCCUCCUGGACCACCCCAGCGAGUACGAUGCCCGGCGGCUGCAGAAGGCCAUGAAGGGUCUGGGCACGGAUGAGGCGGUGCUCAUCGAGGUCCUGUGCACAAGAACCAAUCAGGAAAUCAUCGCGAUUAAAGAGGCCUACCAAAGGUUAUUCGACAGGAGCCUUGAAUCAGAUGUCAAAGAUGAUACAAGCGGAAACCUAAAAAAAAUUCUGGUGUCCCUGCUGCAGGCUGAUCGUGAUGAAGGAGAUGAUGUGGACAAAGAUCUAUCUGGUCAGGAUGCCAGAGAUCUGUAUGAUGCAGGGGAAGGCUGCUGGGGCACCGAUGAACUUGCCUUCAACGAAGUCCUAGCCAAGAGGAACUACAAGCAGUUACGAGCUACCUUUCAAGCCUACCAAAUACUCAUGGGUAAAGACAUCGAAGAGGCCAUCGAAGCAGAAACCUCGGGAGACCUGCAGAAGGCCUACAUAACUCUCGUGAGGUGUGCCCGAGACCAGGAGGGCUAUUUUGCUGACCGUCUGUACAAGGCCAUGAAGGGUGUGGGGACCGAUGAGGAGACGCUAAUUCACAUCGUUGUGACCAGGGCUCAGGUGGACCUUCCGGGAAUAAAAGCCAAGUUCCAAGAGAGGUAUCACAAGUCCCUCUCUGACAUGGUUCGCUCAGACACCUCGGGGGACUUCCAGAAACUGCUGGUAGCCCUCUUGCACUGA